AAGCAGUCAAGUGAACAUCCUGCUCAUUUUCCAAAUAGAAGAAGACAAGCCACGAUAAAAAAAAAGGCGAAUCCGGAGCCACGGGUAGCAGACUUUCCAUUCGGAAUCGGAGCCGGAGAUCGGCGAUGGCUACCUCCGGUAAACCCCUGUCGCCUUCGGCCACCAAGCCUUUCGAUUUCUCCGACGAUUCAGUUCCUAAGAGAGUGGUUCUGUCUCCUGAUCAGCAGCGUUAUUGUUUGGAUUCACUCAAAGUCUUCAAAGACAAGAGGUUUUCUUCUCCCGAAAAAAUUCGCCAAGAGUUCAUGACUUUGCAGGCAACUAGGAUGAGAGCUUCAGAAAUGAAAAGUAGAUGCUCAGUGGCUUUGAACAGCAUAAACAUUAGCAAAAAUCGAUACACUGAUGUUCUGCCAUUUGACAAUAACAGGGUUGUUUUGGACCCACCAGCUAGAGGAUAUAUAAAUGCAAGCUUCAUUAAGAUAUCCGAAAUCGUGUCUCAGUUUAUUGCAACACAAGGUCCGCUACCACACACUUUUGAAGACUUUUGGGAAAUGAUAAUCCAGCAUCGCUGUCCUGUGAUUGUGAUGCUUACACAAUUGGUUGACAAUUACAAGACUGUCAAGUGUGGGGAUUAUUUUCAAGCAGAUGGUGAUCCCAGAAGAUUUGGCAAUAUAUGUAUUGUCACGAAGUGGAUAAAGACAACUCAGACUUCAUUGAUUUUGCGAUGUCUGGAGGUGAAGUAUAUUGAGUCAAAAGAACCACCUUUGUGUGUUUUACAUAUUCAAUAUCCAGACUGGCCUGACCAUGGAGUUCCAAAGGACACUCUUGCUGUUCGUGAAAUACUGAAACGAACAUCUAGUGUCCCACCCAGUCUUGGACCAAUUGUGGUGCACUGCAGUGCAGGUAUUGGUAGGACUGGAACAUACUGUGCAAUCCAUAAUACCAUCCAAAGAAUACUGGUUGGAGAUAUGUCUGCUCUAGAUCUUGUAAACACGAUAACCAUUUUUAGGUCUCAGCGAAUUGGGAUGGUUCAGACCAUGGAGCAAUACCUCUUUUGUUAUGAUGCCAUUAUCGAUGAACUUGAAGACCUCAUUUCAGAUACCCAAUGAAGAAGAGUUCAUAAUGGUCCAUGCAACUGGUUCUUCCUUGCUGCAAUCAUGCCUGCACUUGCUUACAAAUAAGAAAUGGAACAAUAAUUUGUGCUGAAGAAGCAAAUCAGUUGGGUCCACUUGAGCUUCUUACUGCUCUUACCGUGCAGGAAUAAGCACAAACGUGCAAAAUAUCGUAUGUUGUAUUUCUGUUUGUAAGUAUAUAUGCUUUUAGAGAGGGAAAGAGAAUGGAAUGGAACUUGUGGAUUGUUUGUCAGCAUCGUUUAUGAUAUAUGGCAAGUUGAUGAUGUUCAAGACA